UAGCAUACAACAGUCUCCUAACAGCUUCUCCGAAACCCACUCCCAAUCUAAAUUUUAGUUUUUAUUCGCGUUCAAUCUGUGCAAGUUGCAACCCCUCCCUAUCCAACCAUGAAGCGGCUGUCCCGACGUCCGGUCUCCGAUGAGCAGAAGGCCCAGAUGGGCAACCAGAUUCAUGAGCAGGGCGCAAUAGAGGUAUUCAUGUCGGUGGCCACCGUCUCGCCGCUACUCCGAACGCGGGUCCUUCCGCAGCUAAAGGAUCAACAGGAUCAGCUGAAGGACAAAAAGCAGGACCGCAGGCCGAAACCGGAGCCAGAGAAACUCGAGAGCGGCGCUCAGGGCGACGCCGGUUCCGCUUCCUCGACGUCGGCCCACGCUGUAAAGCUCUUGCCAAUCGAGGGAGAUCCAGCCAAGCUGAAGGCGCUGACCAGCCGCCAGCAAAUUGCCAGCCUGCUCAAUCACCUCGGCGACGGCGCAGAGGGCGAUGGCGAGGCCAAGCAGAUCGUGAUGGAGCUGCUCGGCAGCGGGGUGCAGCCGCACUCGGCCAUCGAGCGCGUUUCCGAACAGCUGUUGCACGUGCUGCGGGAGCAGACUCUGAUGGAGGCCGGCAUAUUCGUCGGCAAUGAGCGGUAUCGCUUCUUUAAGGGCGUGCUGCAGAACUACGCCAAGAUAUACGCGGCGCGCAAAUUUAUAGAUAAGCUGCCGAAGCUAGAUCAGCUUGGCCCGGAUGCGGGUGCGGAGCGCGAGCUGUUCGCCCGCGUCGUUGCGGAGGAGGUGCUGCAGAUCCCGCAGCUGCUGCGCCAGCUGAGGUCGUCCCUGUCGAAGAUGGAGUUCUUCAACGAGGACACCGCCUUCAAGGCCUACCUGGAAGUCCGUUAUCACCCGCAGGCCCGUAUCCUGUGCGAACUAAUGCUCACCCGCAUCUCUCGCGUCUUCCUCUGCAUUGUCGGCUCACCAUUCUUCCUGUACUUCACCGAGCACGAGCUCACGCACAUCUUGCGAAACUGUUACCUCAGCGUCAACUCGGAGAUCGAGAUAUUCCUUUCCGUGGUGCUCUGGCUGGAGCACAACUGGCUUGAGCGCGGCGACUGCGCCGAGCGCAUCUUAGCCGAGGUGCAUUUCGCCUUGAUGCCGACUUGGUACUUGUGCACCCUGGACAGGUCCAACCGGUGCAACCACUUUGCCCGAGUAAUCCACAGUCCCGGCGUGCAACGCUUGAUUGCCGCAGGCCUAGAAGACGCCAUCACCCUCAAGUCUAAGCCCCGCUUCAGUGGCGCCGCUUUACACCGACAACGAAAGCAUCAGGAGGAGAGGCUCUUGGUCCGCGACUGGAUAGUGGAUACUGAGUGCAGCCACCACCAUAAGAGCCACUGCGAGCAGUUCGUUUACCCCACCUACGACGCGUUCAAAGAAUACCUGGCCAGGAUUAUCUGCUGCGCGCCCAACUGCUGGCGCACGUUCCGUCCUGCCCAAGAGGUGUACCGCAGGGACUUCCGCUGCUGCUCGCUGCCACACUUCAACUAGACUCAGCCCGCGUCCCAGUAUUCUGUACCUUCCUGCUACUUCUGGGCAGUCGUGAUUCUGUCAGUUCCGUCCAUUGUCCUUUGCCGUGUCCAUGUUUUUUUUAAUGCCAUCCACACCACAUCCAUAAUCCUUUACAACACCCUGACCAAUUCACCGACCUGAUUUAGAAAAUAAAAGCAUUGUUGGCCAUCC